AAAAGCGGUGGACUCUCUCUCUCUCUCUCUCCUUUGAUUCCCGUCAGCAGUGUUCGCUUCUCAUCCUCUUCGGCUCCUCUCUUCUCUUCGCUCGCCAGGAAAAAGAGAAAGGCGUAGAUUCCAUGCCUUCCGUUGUUUCGCCUCAGUGGCAAGAGAAGGCAAAUGGCUUCAUUUCUUCUUCCGGGGUCAAGCUGAAAGAAGCUGGACAAUCGGCUGGGACGUUUGUGGGGGAGGUUGCAAAAGACGCAAAGGGAAAUGUUGCUGAUGCAGCUGGAAAAGUUGGGUCACUGGUGAAAAGCCGAUGGAACCUUAUUCAGAAGACCACUCUUCGGCCAUCAUCAAGGGAUGCCAUGCAGGAACGCCUACGUUCUGCUGCGGCUUCUACUGGAACAAUGCUCAAGAAGGGCAUUUCAGAGACAAAAGACAAGGUUGCUGUGGGAAAAGUUAAAGUUGAAGAGGUGGCAAAAAAGACUGCGCAAAGAAGUAAGACCAUUCUGAAUAACAUUGAGCGUUGGCAAAAGGGAGUUGCAAGCACUGAUGUAUUUGGAGUUGCAAUUGAGAUAAAUGUACAACGACAACAAUCCACCAGGCCAGUUCCUCAAGUUUUGGUCAAAUGUGCGGAUUACCUCAUAUUAUCAGGACUAAACUCAGAGCACUUGUUCAGAUCUGAAGGUGAUAAAAAGGUUAUUCAGAAUUUGAUUUCGCUAUACAACCAAGAUUGGAAUGCAUCAUUGCCAGAGGGUGCAAACCCAAUUGAUGUCGCAUCUCUGGUGAAGUGUUAUCUUGCAAGCCUUCCUGAGCCACUUACUACAUUUGACCUUCAUCAUGAAAUCAAAGGUGCUCGUUCUAGCAUACAUACAAUGAGAAGCAUAUUGAAGAAGCUUCCAAAUGUAAACUACAUGACACUAGAAUUUGUCACUGCACUAUUGCUCCGUGUGAGCCAGAAGUCACUUCUUAAUAAGAUGGAUGCUCACAGCCUUGCAGUGGAAACGGCUCCUGUUAUUAUUUGGCAGAAGGGAAAAAGACCAGACCAUUUUAGCCAGUUUUGGUGUCAUACAACCGAAGGUCCUUCCAAGAAUACCAUAGAUCAAACACCUGCUUACAGUGCUUGGGACACUCUUUCAGAAGAAGGUGACAUUACUGAUGCAUCCUCUGCCAUUCCCUUGGACGAUGACGGCUCACCCACUGAUUUUGGAGCUAUUGAGGUUGUUCAGUGCCUUAUUGAGCAUCACAGGGCAAUUUUCACAGAUGCAAAUGAAACGGUCUGGAGAUAACUUCUAUCAAUUGUGUCGUAGAGCCACAAAGUCAAAUGACUGCUCAUGAGACUUACUGACUUUAGAUCUUUAACAAAUAGUUUCAUUGCC